AUGAAUAAUUCCAAAUUUGUAAAACUGUUAUCAUUAAACCUAGACAGAAAUAUAGAUAACAAUUUCGAACGAAAAAAUGACUUUUUUUGUGAAUCCGAUAUAUCAAGUAUAUCAAGUUAUGAUGAAAUAAAAUCAAACAGCUUGUUAGGUUUAAUUUCUAUUAAUAGUUUUACUAAUGAUUCAAAAAAUUCAAUUAAAAGUGAAAAUUUAAAUCCUUUUAAGCGUGUACAUUCUUUAAAUGAAUAUACAUUGAACUAUAAAAAAUUAUGGUCAGAAAAAAGUAAUGCACUGUUAUUUAAUAAUAUAUUUACAAAAUUUAAUACAAACCAUAAUCAAAUAUAUACAUUAAAUUCUUACGAAAAUUCAAAUACAAUUUUAUCUUGGAAAUAUGAAUCAAGUGAAAUAACUUUUGAUAGCGAACCCAAUGAUAUAUCUAAAAAACAUUCUUGUAAUUUUAAGCAUAACCCAUCUAAUGAUAAUAUAGACAGUUUUAUUUAUACUGACACAUUUAAUUCGGAUGUAAGUAAACAAAUCAAAAAUCGUAUCACAAAUAAUGAAUCACCAUUAUCUUUUUAUUUAAAUCAAAUUCAAAAUUAUGAUUUAAACAAAUUUAACCAAGACAAAAAUACUUUGAUAAAUUCCUCACAAUUUAUCAAAAUUAAUAAGGAAAUAAAUAAAACAGACUUUUUUAAAGAUACCAAAGAAGUUAUUCCUGCAGCUAGGAAAAUGACAACGAAUUCCCCUUUAAAAAAAAAUGCAACUAAUUAUAUUUUAAAGUACAUUAGAAGAUAUAAUGAAUAUAUAAAUGGAACUAAACUCCAAAAUUAUAGAGCAAUAAAAAAAAUGCUUCAAAAGAUCAGAAAAGCUUGUCGAAGCAUUAUGGUAAAAAAAUUCCAUAAUAAAAAUAUGAUAGGGCUUCUAAUGUAUAUGGAAAAGGACAAAAAGGUUAUGAAACUAUGGAAAGAUAAAAGUAAGUAUUUGCACAAAAAAAAUAAAAAUAAACGAUAUUUUCUACAGCUGUUUUAUUAUUACGUUAUUUCAUUCUAUUUAAAAAAAAACUCCCCCCAAAAAAAAAAAAAUUUGUGCUACAUGGACAAAUGUAUAGCGAAAAUUUUAUUUCAAAAUAAGUAUAAAGAAAUAAAUACAAAAACAUUAUCAAAUAAUAAAACGAAUACUAAUAAGUCUUAUGUUUUGGGUAAACUAAAUCAAAAUAUAAUAUUAGGAAAAGGAAAUUCUAUAUUUCCUGGCUCAACUAUUUUAGCAACAACUGCAAAAAUAUACAUAGGAGAUCAUAAUUUAUUUGAAGACAAUGUUACUAUAAUAAAUAACACAAACAAAAAUAUGUACAUUGGAAAUUAUAAUAUUUUUCGAUCCGGUACACACAUAAUUAAUUCACUCAAAAUUGGAAGUAACAAUUAUUUUGAUUACAAAAGCACCUUAUAUAAUUGCACUAUAAAUGGAUGUGUGUUUGUGAAGGCAAAUAUACUAAUGAAUAUAAAAGAAAUCGAAAACAGAAAUCCCUAUUUUGUCAAUAGCACUAUAACAAAUAUCCAUCCAAUAUUUAUUAAAGAACAUACCAAUGAAAUAAAACUUCGAUAUAAUCACAUGAACAAUUCAGAAUAA